AUGAGCAAGGAUUCUGUGGAAUUCAUUCGAAAGCUAGUCGCAUGUCCAGAGUUAACCGAGUCGGACAUAGACGUUGCGCUUACCGCUGCUGGAGUAGACGAACUUUUGCCGGAUGGAAACAGAAUAUUAGCCCAGUUGGGCUUGGCGGCCACCGGGUUCUUGAUUGAUUCCAGCAUUGCCUUUAUUGCGUUAUCUCGAGACUUUACAUCGAAGCUCAAAUCCCGUGUCAACGGUAUCCAACACCGUGCAGACAUUGCAAAGCGUACUGGCAUUGACAGGCACUUGAAGUUUGAUUCUCGGCCUGGCGCUCGCUCCUCCGGGGUUCUUGCCGUAGCAACAAGUGCCCUUAUCGGAGCUAUAUACCUCAGAAAAAAGAAGUGUUUCAUGUCUGUGGCCAAGGGUCUUUAUUCCCUGGGUGUCCUGGACGAGGAUGUUGACCGAUUUAACUUGAUGGAAUUAUUCAAAGAUGAGCAGAGCGAUCUGCUGCUUACGCCUUCCUUGGUGGGGAAUGACCCUGCCCAGACUAGCGAAGUCGAUGUUUGGAGUCAAGAGAUGCCCCCUUUACCGGAUUUUCCGACCACUCCAGAUCUAGGGGGUUUGUUUAACUUUGAGAGCCUUUACAAUGAGAAUGGACUGUUGAAAGAUAUCCUUCCAGAUGGGCGUUCUUUCACCGGCCCGCGUUCGCAGUCUCAUUUAACCGAAGACUCAGGUCGACCGGCGUUGGAGAGGCAGGUGCUUGAGCCGGAUGGCUUCUCAGGCCAGCCCGCGAACCAACAAUCCGCAAGUCGGCGUUUCCCAUGCAAGCGGAAAGACGAUAGCGUUCUGAUUCUGGUCGGUGGAUCUCAAUCACUUGUUGCUCUUCGGGCGGCCCUGAAAUACACGAGAGAGCUGGGGGCCCAAAGGCACAGCGUUCAAAGCCGAAGAUGGGUAUCACGUGACCUAACCAUUCACGAACGCUUCGAAAUCAUCGGUGAAAUCCAAGACAACACGGCAUUUCUCCAGAUCUUGCGAUGCAACCAUAUCCUGCACCUCUACCGAUGCACCGGCAGUCCUGUGGGGCGCACCUCGAAGUUCGUUAUAGAGGCAGCGUCACACGAUGAGCUUAUUGGUCAGCCGAGAGCAAGAGGCAAUCCGAGGAAGAUUGAAGUGGCUACAGCAGUCAACAAAAUGAUGAGGAAUAUUUUCCCGGAUCUGGAGCCGGACUCAGUUCUCUACAGGAGGAAGCGCCGUGCAGUCUUAGAAAUUCGCAAAUUUGGACAACGUCUACACAGUUUAGCCGAACGCUUCGGGGAUGCUGUUCUAAGCUUACUUCAUUUCGAUCGGUCCGGUGCCGUGGCGGGCCCCAUGAUUAUCGAAAAACUUAUCCUUUCUCCGACGGAUGAGACAUUUGAAAGGUUUGUGGAGAUUCUGGAGGAAUCGCAGGGAAAACCUUCUUCGGGAGAUCAGCUGGGCGGCGAAAUCUGCUUUUGA